GUGUUCCUGUUGGUGCCUGGCAUGUAGCAGUUGCUCUCUUGAGGUCAUCAGACUGAAGCUUCGGCACCUCCAUCUGUUUGUUUGGCUUCUUUAUGUCUGUUAAUGGCAUGUGGAGGUUCUGAGCCGCUUUAGGGAGGUGAGAUGAGGCAAGGCACCCAUCGCCUGAGAGGCUUAAGUGGCUACUCAAAGCUUUAAUUUGGUGGCUGUUGGAAGGACGGUCUUCCUGGUUCCUGAUUUCCAACAGGAGUGCUGCUGCUGUCCUGGACACCUGGCUCUGAAAAUGCACCUCUUCUGCCUCUCGGUCACCAUCUGGAAGCAUCGGUCCUGCCUGUUGGCUGCCAUCUUCCUGGUCUUGCUGUUGCUCCUCAGGCAGCUCACAAAGCAAGAGGUGCUGCAGAUUAGUCCUGCAGAAGAGCUAGUGAACCUGCAGCGGAAGAUGGUGCCUACUCACACUUUGGCUGCCCAGCAGGUGAUAGGAAAGUCAUACUUUGAGGACCACCAAGGCCUCAGCAUAGUCUUUCUGAAGACCCACAAAACAGGCAGCAGCACAGUGCAAAAUAUCCUUUUCCGGGUCAGUGAACAGCACAACCUGACUGUGGCUUUCCCCCUCUACUCCUACCAGUUUGCUUACCCAGAGCGUUUUUCCAGGGCCUUCGUGGAGGACCUGCCACAAGGAGCUGCUCACUUUGACUUGCUCUGCAGCCACAUGAGACUGGAUGCUGGGGAAGUACGGGCCCUUAUGCCUUCCCCUAGCAUCUUCCUUACCAUCCUGCGUCACCCCGUGCAAACAUUUGAAUCUGUCUUCCACUACUACCGCAACAUGGUUCCUGCCUUCCAGCCAGUGGCUAAUCACUCCAGGCCCCUUCUUGCUUUCCUUGAGGCGUCCGCUCGAUAUUACAAUGCUCAGGACGUGAGCAAUGGGCUGGCCAAGAACCCCAUGGCUUUUGACCUGGGCCUGGAUGCAAGCCAGGAAGAAGAAUCAAGCAACCAGUGGCUCAGAGAGCUGGAGAGGCUCAAUCAGACUUUCCAGCUGGUGAUGAUUGCAGAGCAUUUUGAUGAGUCUCUGCUGCUAGCACGGGAAUUAUUAGGGCUAGACAUGGAAGAGCUAGUUUAUGUCAGGCUCAAUGUCCGUCAUAAGGAGGAAGAAGAGAAGCCGCUAUCUAAGGCACUGGCCCAGAAAAUCCAGGCUUGGAACUCAUUUGAUGUGCAGCUCUACAAAUUUUUCCAGAGUAUUUUCUGGCUCAAGGUGGAGCGCUUUGGCUAUCUGCGCAUGAAGCGGGAGCUAGAUGCCUUCCGGAUGCUGCAGCAACAAACUGUGACUAGGUGCUUGACAGGGGAGUCUGUCAGACCGGAGGAUGUGGCUGAUGACCUGCGUCCUUGGCAGCCAGGCAGUGUCACUAUUCUGGGCUAUACCCUGAGGCAGAACCUCACCUAUGCUCAGCACAGUGCCUGUUUCCGCAUGGUCUUACCUGAGCUCCAAUAUCACACUUACCUUUAUUACAGGCAAUAUGGAAAAGACAUGCGCCCUCUCCCUACCAGAUAG